UAUUUAGUACAACACGAGAUCCCAAGCUGUAAAGUCGCAAAUUGUACGGUGUGUGAUCUCAUUCACUCUCUCUUUCGCUCGCUUCUUCCACCUACCAUUUGCCUCCUUACAACAUCCACCCCUACACACUCGCCCCCAACCCACCUACCAGCGAAACAGACUACCAACAUCCACCCCACCCCCUACUCAUCCCCUUUCUCUCCCAUCCUUCUCAUCCCAUCUUCCAGCUCCCUUCCCAACUAUACCUGCCUAUCCACCUGCUCGAAAUCACAUUAAUCAGGCAGCCAGUUCUGGUCCGAGACACGGUAUCGGACAGAUUUAGUAAUUGUCGAGCAACCGCCAUAGAUGCACACCUAAAACCCAGAGUGAUUUGUGCAGCCGCGAACCUCCGUAUUUCUGAGGCAAAGAAAAAAAAAUAAAACAAACAACAACACACUAAACUACUAUAGACCUCUAUCAUCUCCUGCUUUGUUUUUGCGUGUGUGCGUGUGUGUUUUUAAAUUAUUUUUCAAAUUAUAAAAUAAUUACAAAUGAAUAAGUGCGCGUGUAUAUGGGCAUCUAGUUUUUAGUAAUAAAGCCGAACAUCACUACCAACUACAGACAAACAAGAAAAAAUCCGUAAAGAGAGUUUAGAUUAGUAAAGCGGUGGCGGUUGUAACAACGGUUGCAUAACUUUAGGCAGUUUCGCAACGAUAAGCGGUUUGCGCUUCGGCUCAGCAAGCUCAGCUAGUACACAGGAUCUCAGGAGCUAUUUUCUUACUGUUUGUGACUGUGUGUACGUGUUGUGUGCUGACUGCAUCGGAAUGCACAAGCAGUAACGCAGCGUUUUCUUUGUGCGUGCGUGUGUCGCGGUUACAAUGGUGCGAAAUUUUCACCUUUCAAACAAAUGGGGCCUACUGUUAGUGUGAAUUUAUCCCCUUUUUUUCUCCCCUCUCUGUGUCUCUAUCCACACUUCAUGCCAUCCUUACAGCUUCCGUAUAUACAUACAUUUUUUUUUAAUUUUUGCUCCAAUGUUCUUCCCUAUUGGACUUGUUUUUACAAAAAAAUAAACCCCCAACAUAAGCGUGUGCAAUCGAGUGUGGCCUUCCUAUGCAUUCAGUAACAUGUUUGUGUGUGUGUAUGUAAAAAAUAUGUAAUUGUGUGUUUGUUUGAGAUGAACCGGAGAAAAAAGGGAGGGAGGCGAUGCACCAGCCCGACUUCAUUACACAGCGUGCAACGUGCAUACAGGGACGUGUAUUUGUGUGCAAUUUACAAAGAGCGAGCAAGAGCGAAAGAGCGUAAAGCCAUGUUAGGGUAGCGAGAGGUUGCAAAAAAGGAUAAAGGAAGGCGAAGGGAAAGGGUGUGCAGUUGUAGGGAGUAACCAGGAGCCAGGACGCCGCCAUGUGAGUGACGCAUUAGUAGUCGAUGUAAACAAAAAUGCAAUUUCGUCUGGCAAUCGCCGGCAUUCGUGUUCGGCUCGUGCGCUCCCGGUGCAUAAAGGGUGCAGUUUUUAUGUGGCGCUAGCGCGCGCUUGCUAGCGCGCCACGGAACAUUUGCCCACGAAGUUGUGCGACCGUCGGUCAUGCUCGAGCCCCGCUAGGCUGCAGAAAACCACGAGCAAAAGUGGCAAAUACGCAGCAACACAGCACAAACCAGUGCAUACAUACGAGCGCACACACAGACACACGCAGUCAUGCACGCACACCGGCACAAUCACAUUUAUUGGUUGACAUUUGACAGUGCAGCCUAUCCUUGGUUGGUUUCCCAUGUGGUGUCCUGUGUUGUGUUGUGCGAACCAAACAUACCAGACACGGUCCAAGAACCGACACCGGGAGCAACGGAUUGAACUGGGUGGCAAGGAAGAGAUGUAUGUGUGUGUGUGGGUCCAACAGCAGGAAGUGUGUCGGUUGAUGACGACCGAAGUGUCUUGCCUACCAACUGUCUGCAUGUGUUCAAGUGUGGAUGCUUGUAUGUGUGGGUGCAUUUAGUGUGUGUGUGUGUUGGUGGGUGUAUGUGUGAGCGUAUCGUGUGAAAGUGAUGCGGGGAGGGUGGUGCAAAGCACGAAAUGGGGAAGGGAACGGAAGAGAGAGAAAAAGAGAGAGAGUGUGAGGAGGAAAAACGCAUUCGUACCCGGCGUCGUGUGUCGUCUGUUUUUCAUCACACGGUUCGUUACAUAAUUUCACUAAUGGUUUAUUAUAAUCAUCUCAAUCACAGCGCAAUCCAGCCAGCGGAAAUAUAGCUCGCAACCGCCAGCACAAAAAAAAACUUACCACCCGGAAAUCAAACACACGCCCUACACACCCCCUUUUCCUAUCCGGCCGCGACCCCCACUCCAUUCCCGUCCUUUGUAGCCCAUUUUGUUCGGUGUGGUCACCCAGCGCGGCGGGGCACUAGGGCAUGUUCCUUUUCUAUGCUAGCGUGUGUGUGUCUACCAGACAGACAGAUCCAGUGUCGUGUGCAUUCCAGUGCAACACACCGUACGGUACCCGUUAGUCGUACAGUGUGUCACCGUUUGCCUACCUUUAGGCGCAUUCGUCGCGUGUGCGGUUCUUGUGUGUGUGUGUGCGUGUAUUGUUGUGUGUGUGUGUUUUCCUGUAAAGUUUUCUUUACCCUUUCUGCUUCUAUGAACGGGAAAGACGCGUAAGAAACCCCUUGGUGUGGAAUUUCGAACCAGCCCCAAAAAAAACGAAAGAAAAUCCCGUUCGGGGCACCCACACACACAGCAGUGCGCGGAGUGGCGGGGGGCUGACGGUGGAGGAAAUCGGUGUAACAACGAUGGUUUACAGCCGUUCGGUGUAACGAUGAAUUUGAGACCGUUCAAAACAUCGCGCUCGGUAAAGUUAGUGAGUGUUGUGUCCAUUCUACUGUAUCACUACUGUUCCUGCUAUAUCCUACCGGAUGAUGGUAGCCGGAUGUACUAAUCGAUCUUAACAGUACUAAGGGCAAAAGUAAAGAAAUCAAAACUGUACCAAAACAAAACAUAAACAAAAACCAACACAACGGUAAGGACGACCACAAACGAGCCCAACACGUAUCGUGAAACGUGAGUGAAGUUUAAGCUACGGUUUUUGUUUUUGUAACGAGACAAAAAUAGCAAAAAAAACAAUUCGUUCUACGAUUAAAGAGAGCAAAAAACGAAAAAAAAGGUUGCAAACCAAACACACUUACAAAGUUAAGAGGCUAACUCAACAAUCAAACUUUAUCCUGUUCGCUUUAUCAAUCAACCAAGCAGCAGCAGCUGCUGCAGCGUCAGUAAUACCAACACCACACAAUCAAUCGCCCACAUCUGGACCGGUCAACCAACGUUAUGCACGUUAAGAUGCAGCGUCCCAAUGCGGGACAGGAUCGUCCACCAGUAGUACACGAUCGUACCGAUACGACCGUGUCACGGUGGCGAUGGUUGACAAAGGUCCGGAUGAAAGGUGCACACGAUCGGCGGAAGUAAAACGUUCCCGCAUAUGACAUCGUUCGUAGCGUUUUUUUUUUGUUUGCUUUAUUUUGGCCCUACACCGUAGUGUGAAGUAUUUGAAAAAAAAGGGUUAUAGACGUGACGCCCAUUAGCAUAAGCCAUAUCUCGUGUUUCCUUCUUGGUGUUUGGUGGUAGUACGUGAACGUUUUUCAUUCUUAGUGCGCGUUCGACAAGCUUCAAACAUACCCGUCAAUACCAGUUUCGAUACAACUAGUUGCGUAGUGAGCGAAUCUAAAGACUCGCACAGUAGUUUUACCAUCCAGCAUUGAUGGACGUACUUACCCGUAUGUUUGCUAUGCUGAUACCGCUUACGUAAUGCGCAAUAUGCUCUGAUAUUUACCAAGUAGUUCCGUAAGCAAUAUGUACAUCUACGUAUUUAUGUACAGAACAACUCGUAAUUGGUUUUUGAACUCUUACACGACGCUCGGAUGCCAGCGCGCUCGCCAUCUUGUCUCCAACCGCACCGCAGCAGCAUCGGACUUGUUCAGCAUGGCUUCCUCACCGGCACUUCCACUGUACGCGAGCCGCUAUCCAACACCGAAUGGGUACCCGCAGAUCAACGGGGAGGUCGACGCGCCGCUCGACUUUCGCAAGGUGGAAUCAUUACGCAGGAACAGCACCGACACCGGCAUCAUGGACCAGCAAUACUGUCUGCGCUGGAACAAUCAUCAGUCUAAUUUAACCACCGUGCUCACCACGCUGCUGCAAGAUGAGAAACUGUGCGACGUCACGCUGGCCUGCGACAAAGGAAUCGUUAAAGCACAUCAAGCCAUUCUGUCCGCUUGCAGUCCAUACUUCGAGCAGAUAUUCGUCGAGAACAAGCAUCCGCAUCCGAUCAUCUACCUGCGGGAUGUGGAGGUGAACGAGAUGCGCGCCCUGCUCGACUUUAUGUACCAGGGUGAGGUGAACGUGGGCCAGCAUAAUUUGCAAAACUUUCUCAAGACGGCCGAGAGUCUCAAGGUACGAGGACUGACCGAAAGUAGUGCUGAUCGUUAUUCGGCCGAUGCGGACAAACUACGCUCGGAACGUGUCCGGGACUCAAGGGAUGAGCGCGACACCCUGACGCUACCAAAUGUGUCCAACAACAAUAACAACACGAUUAGCAGUAACAACAACUCCCUGCAUCAUGGACCGCUGCGCGACAAAGAGCUCAGCGAGCACGACCAGCUCGAACGGCUCCAGCAGCAGCAACAACAGCAACAACAAACGCACCAACAGCAGCAACAGCAGCAACAACAACAGCAGCAGCAACAACAACAGCAGCAGCAGCAGCAUCAACAACCGACACAUCAAACACACCACCACCAUCAUCAUCCGCACGUCGGUUCCGGUGCAGCGGUACAGCAACAGCAACCUUCCCGGAGUGCGAGCAUUGAUCUGAUGCAGUCCGCCCUGGUGGACGAUCGCGAUUACCUGCCGGCAGAGGAUCGCGAAAUUAGCACGGUAGAGAAUAAGAAGAAACGUAAAAUGUCCACCACCUGUGAUAACUCUUCGCCCUCGACGCCCUCCCUAAUGAACGAACGACAAGGAGGUUAUGAAUCACAGGCAUCGUCACACAGUAGCUUCAAGCAGAGCCCCAAACCAGACGACGAGUUCAAGGUGAGCUCACCAGCACCGGUGCAUCCGCUGGCGGGCCAUCCGCUCAGCGGCAUCAAGCAGGAGCUGCCGGAACUACCAGUGCGCCAUUCGCUGUCCUCCGACCUGAUGCAGCCCCUCAAGUUGCCGCUGUAUGCUGACGAGAUGUCUGCGAGCAUCGGACUCGAACCGCACGCGCACCUCAACCAUCUGCGCCACAAAUCGAAACAUCCAAUACCAAUCAAUUUGAAUGCGGACGAUAUGAACAACAUCCUAGCGCCCGGUAACAUGGCGUCGCUCAACGAGAGCGGUGACAGUGAUGCACAUCUGUCACAUCCGGAUCAUCCAGACAAUAUCGAUGGUGACCGUAUGUUGCGUCUAGCGAUGGCGUCACGUCACCAUCAUCAUCGUGCCGGUUUGCAUCAUCACGAUCUUGCUUCAGGAGUGGUUGUGAAUGCCGUUUUGGCAGCAGAAGGAGGAGGAGCAGGAAGCUGCAUUAAUGGGAGCCGUGCAGGUGGCACAGGAGGAGGAGGUGGAAAUGGAAGUAGUGAUGGUGCAGAGUAUGAAGCAAGAGGUGGAAGAGGAGGAGGGGGAUCAGGCUUAGGAAGUAGAGCAGGUGGUUCAGUGGUAGGAACGGAGAAGCAGCAGAACCGCAGUAUUCACCACCGAACCGAUUCAGCGGACUGCGUAGCCGGUGGCGGAUCGGGCAGUGUAUCAGUGGGGCUUGGGUGUGAUGGCGCUGCCGCCAGUAUGCUUGGCUUCAGUGCCGUCCCACUCCCGCUCGGUGGUAGCCUCGUGGAGUCCUUGGUCGAACAUCACCGGCUAGCAGCGAGUCUAGGCGCAGGAGGUGGAUCAGGUGGUGGCGGUGGAGGAGGAACAGGAUCAGGAGGAGGUGCAGGAGUAACAGGAGGUGCAGGUAGCGGAGUUGCGAACGGAGCCCAGUACGGUGGGGGUCAUCACCUUUCUCAUCAUCAGCACCACCACCACCAUCACCAUCAGCAUACGGCGCACGCACCGCACCAUCAUCCUCUGCAGCAGCAUAACCACGCUGCGGGCAGUGCCUUUAACAGUGCCAGUGAUGCACGCACGGGAGUGGCGGUGGCGGCGGCAGCAGCGGCAGCGGCGGCAGCAGCAGCAGCACUCAACUCCAGUGGCGGCCAACCGGAUGGUAGCAAUCGGGGCAGCAAACCAUCCGUCACGUCCACGACCCCACCGACACCGGCGUCCCUGUCGUCGUCGUCAUCGUCCUCAUCCUCUGCGUCGUCUGCUUCCCUGUGCGGUGGUAAUGGUGGUGCUGCUGUUGGUGGCGUUGGAGGUGUUGGUGGUGCACCACCAGGCAGUUUUCUCAUAGCGGGUGAUCCCUCCGAUGGACAAGUAGCGAUGGGUACAGCAGCAGGAGUUGUAGGUAGCGGCACGGCCGGUGUUGGUGGUCCUCUUCGCAGUAGUGGUGGUGCGGGGAGCGGCUCAUCCGGUGGUGGUGGAUCGAGUACGACCCGACGCGAUCACAACAUCGACUACUCCUCACUGUUCAUACAGCUAACAGGCACCUUCCCGACGCUGUACAGCUGCGUCAGCUGUCACAAAACCGUCUCGAACCGCUGGCACCACGCCAACAUUCACCGGCCGCAGAGCCAUGAGUGUCCGGUGUGCGGACAAAAGUUUACCCGUCGCGACAAUAUGAAGGCACACUGCAAGGUGAAGCACCCGGAGCUGAGGGACCGUUUCUACAACCACAUCGUACACAUGUGAUUAAGCGCUGCCCGAAACAAGCAGCGAUUGAAGUAUAAGAAGAACCUUUUCGUGUAAGACGCGGCGCAACGGCAGCGACCAGUUUCGUCUCACUCUUGGGUAGGUUGAAUAGUGUCUCCCACACAUCCUGCCAUCCCUAAUGUACGUAUGGGUUUUGCCGAGUGUGUGUAGUAGUAGUUUGAUGAGCAUAUUAAGGUGGAAGAAGAAACGGAUGGAAGGGAAAGUAAUGUACUCGAAAAUACUAUGUCCUGGCAGAAGGAAGAUGGCAGAGCGUACUCAUCGUGUUAUUCCCCACAGUAUGGUGUUGACAAUUAUAUAUAUGCAUAUAUACAUACACAUUCAUACCUAGGUAGAGUUGCCUUCUUUGUGCGCUAGACGUUAUACACAAGAGUUCUGGUGCGUUGUCGUGGGAAGCUAUGGGAAGAUUGGAAGCUACGGUAGAUAUGAACCACAGGUACACACUGCGAAGGAUCGUCUCCAAUUCCGGCAUAUAUAUAUAUAUAUACAGAUAUACAUUCCCACAUCCAUUCUCUCCUCUGCAUUGUAAUAGUAAUUUGUUCGAGAAUGUAAAAACCGGAUGCGGAUUUUGUUGAAUGGCUGAGCCUCAUUUCUGCAUGUCUUUCUGUAGUGUAAAGAAGGGAUGAGAAAUGCAAAGAGAGUGGUUAACUAGAUAAUAGAAAGAGAGAAAGAGAGAGAAAGAGAGAGAGAGAGAUAGGGAGA